AGGAAUCUCCCUCCUGCAUCGUGGAUCGUUUUGAACCUCAAAAGACUCUUUCUUUCUUCAAGAAAUUCAACAAAUUUCUCCUCCACAAUCUUUCUUUAUCUCUCAUGUGGCUUCUAAAACCCUCAAUUCACUGUUAAUGGAUAUAUUUUUCUUCUAUCUUCAUGGCGUCUCUCUUGUCGCCGUCUUUCCUCUCCUCCCUUUUCCCGAGCAAUCCUCGGCGUCCAUCGCAAUGUAGAAGACACGGCUACUCUUCGCGUUUGGUCGUAUCCAUGGAGAGAUCAGAUACGAAUGCAUCAAGCAACAGAAGCAGCACUGCCGUCAUUUGGUUCAAGCAUGAUCUUCGAGUUGACGAUCAUCCAGGGCUUAUCGCUGCUUCACGAAGCAAUGCAGUUGUCCCUCUUUACGUCUUCGAUCGCCGGAUUCUCUCGCGAUUUACUGAUGAAAUGCUUGAGUUACUUCUUUUAGCUGUGAAUGAUUUAAAGAAGUUGUUGAAUGAUUAUGGGUCUGAUCUGCUGAUCAGAGUUGGCAGGGUAGAACGUGUGAUUCAAGACAUUGUGAAAGAGGUCGAUGCAACCGAUGUGUAUGCUGAGGCAGAGGUAGAAUAUGAGUUAUGUCAGAUGAUGGAUAUGGUUCAGGAUGCCAUAAAAUCAGUCUCUCUUCUAUAUGGGAACCCACAAGUUAAUAUUUGGAAUGCACCCCUUCAUGAUAAUAUGAACCUGAAGGACCUUCCAUCUUCAUACCGCGACUUCAAGAAACUUAAUUUCCCUAUAAUGUCGCCUCAGUUACCACCGACGUUAUCAAGUGUCAAGAUGAAUUUGAACUGGGGUUCAAUGCCGUCUAUGGAUGAUUUGCGAAGCUUUCUGGGAAACAAUCCACCCAAAUCACAAGUUGACUGGACUUCAAUCAAGGAAAUAUCUGCUGAAACCAUUUUAAGUGAUUCUCAGUUUUUAUCUUCAAAUAUGAAUGUGAAUGGAAGAAUAGCGAAUCCAAAGUCUGGAGAAAUCGUGCAGAAGAGUUCUUACAAGCCUUCUAAAGGAAAGAAUUUCAAAUCUUUGUUUGCCGGACAAGGAAAAGAUCUCAUAGGAGGUGGAACAGAAAUUGUUUUAGAUGCACUGGCUGCAUAUUUGAGAUACUUGGAGGGUACUGUUAGAGAUGAUUGGCAGGAGUUGCAUGAGAAGUUGCGUAAUGCCGAGAUACGUCAGGGGGCUUCUUUCCGUUCUCUCUUUGGAUCUGCCUUCUCUCUAGGCAUCAUAUCCAGAAGAAGAGCAUAUUAUGAAGCUAUCAAAUAUGAAAAAGAACGUAAUGCUGGAUUUUUGUCACCUUUUGGAUACUCGACACCCACUGUUGCUGCAGUAAUUGAAACUGUUUGCUCGAUGGAGUGGUACUGGCUUAUGGCUAUUAAAGGUCAAUCUAUCACUAAAGAACCAUGUCAUAUUCGGAUAUGGAGAUGGAAAGGCUAUUUGAUUCAGUUUACAGUUGUUGGUCAUGAAGGCCCUGCUGUUCUUCUUGUUCAUGGUUUUGGUGCUUUCUUGGAACACUACCGAGACAAUAUAAACAAUAUAGCUGAAAAUGGGAUGCGAGUUUGGGCCCUUACAUUGUUGGGAUUUGGUAAAUCUGAAAAACCAAAUGUUAUUUACACAGAAAUUAUGUGGGCGGAAUUGCUUAGAGACUUCAUUGUUGAAGUUGUGAGAGAACCUGUGCAUCUUGUAGGGAAUUCACUUGGUGGCUACUUGAUUUCUAUUGUUGCUGGGCUCUGGCCAGUUUUGGCCAUGUCUGUUGUUCUCAUUAAUAGUGCUGGCAAUGUUGUCCCAGGAUACUCUUCUGUACGAUUUACUAGAGAAAGGAAAACUUCAGGUGUUACCCGUUUGGGCGCACAGUUCAUUUCACUCUACUUGCGUUGGACAAUAAAAAGUAUUGUGACCAAUUGCUACCCAACUGUUGCAAGUCGAGCUGAUGACUGGCUUAUUAAUGAAAUGAUACGUUCAUCUAAUGAUCCUGGUGUGGAAGUGGUUCUAGAAAGUAUUUUCAGCUUUAACAUCUCGAUUCCACUCAACUAUCUCCUGAAAGGAUUCAAUAAUCGGGUCCUUGUCAUCCAGGGGAUGAAAGAUCCAAUUGCAGACUCCAAGUCGGUUAUUGCGAUGCUUAGAGAGCACUGUGAAGGAAUUACUAUCAAGGAAUUGGAUGCUGGUCAUUGCCCCCACGAUGAGUGUCCUGAAACAGUCAAUGCCAUUAUCAAGGAAUGGGUGUUUAGCAUAGGAGGCAAAACUCUCACCUGCUAGAAGCUUAUGUCAGAUAAGUUUUUCAUUUAGCUUCCUCGCUAAUUUGGACUAGAUUAAUAUUUUAUUCUUGUCAACUCCAAGUUCGAGAUAGUUUUUAGGUUAGGUUCAGAAAACAUUAUUUAACUCAUUUCAAAAUGUAUAUAGUGCAGACUGACGAGGUUAAGUAGGAAUUUCUCACGCUGUAAAACUAACCAUUCUGUAAAGAAUUGGCUUCAGAUUACACAAUACAUAGUUGGAAUCUGCAAAAAGAUAGGUGCAUUUUUUUUACCCAAUCCCCACUUACAUUCUGAUUGGGUAAUGCAAGUUUAUAUUUAAUCUC